ACUGCUCCUUCCUCUUCAUCCACCCCCAUUCUGCAGCUCCCCAUCUGAUGCGCCGAGCAAUACGUCGUCCACGCCCUCGACAUCGCCCUCGGCCCCUCGCCCGCCACCACGGUGUCGAGAAACUCCUCCACGGCGGCCCAUACAACCGCAGACGACCUGUGGCGGCCCAUAACGCUGGAUCAGAGCAUGGGGUUGGCUUCAACCUACUCUUCAAAGCAUGAAUUAGCUUGUUGGGCUUAUGUGGAAACUGAGUUGAAAUGGGCCUUGAUGAUUCAAGCCCAUUAAAAUUUCUAUGUAUUGAUCCACCACGAUGGGAUUAAAUAUUAAGGGAAGUAGAGGGUCUUUUUAGGCCGCAUCUUUUCGAGCAAUGAUAUUAGUUAAAAAAUGUUAAUCUAGUGGGUCCAAAUAGAAUAUUACUGGAUUUUAUUUCAUUCACUAAACUCACGCUGUAACUGCAAAUAAUUAUAAUAGUGUAAACACUCAGGACAUGCAUCUUAUCAAUUAUGCAAAAUAAAUUCCAAUAUAUCAAUUUAACUUGCCCAAUUCAAUUCUGGCCCAACUCUAAAUAUAUACUCCAUUUCAAUAUACAUUGCACUCCUAAUAGAGGCCCAAUUUCUCUCUCUACCUGAAUCAAACUUGACAAGCCCAACCCAAGAAUAGAGAAGGCCUCUCUCUCAUUCAAAUUUUCCAAGGUAGCUUGGUGCUGCGGAGGAGAUGAUUAUCAUUAUUAUUAUUAUAUUAUUAUUAUUAGUAUUAUUAUAAUUAUUAUUAUUAUUUUUUUAUUGAGGAGAUGAUGAGUUACAAGCUUGAACAAGAUCUUCUUAUAAAAACAGACAAGAUAGAGGAGUUGCAGGUAAUUAUACUAUCUUAAUUAUGAUGCUUAAUUCAACACAUAUAAACUGCCUUGUACAAUAAUGCAUUCAUAUCAUAGACUGUAUUAUCUCUAUUAAUAAAAUUAAUGAACUCUUAUCGGCUUAAGGCCCCUUAAUUUGAACAUUUCAUUAUGCCAGCUAAUGAUGAAUCAGCUUAUCAUUUUUUAAACCUUAUUAUUGAGUUUUCGUCGUCGGAGUGGUUGAGAAAUGGUCACAGAGUUGUUGCCCUCACAUAGAAUAAGUGUUUAAUGCAUACAGUAGAAUAAUGAGGGAGAAUUAUUGAAUGAAGAAGGAAGAAGACAAGAUAAUAUGCUGCCUUGUUGAUAAUAAAACAAUUCGUGUGAUAGAAAACAUAUUAGUAUUUCAAAUAUUGUUUAUGAAUAAAUUGUCUUGUUCAUGCAAGCUACCAUAUGUUCACGCGUAAAGAUGCCUCGAUGAGAUUGAAUUCUAUUUAAAAAUUGAAAAACAAAGACUUAGAAGUUAGAUCUACAGAUAAAUUUUGUCAACUCUUGUUCAAUUUGCACCAAUUAAUUCUCUCUCUCUCUCUCUCUCUCACGCACACAUAAUCUCACACACAUAGCAACUUUUGUAAAGCCUUGUUAAGUUUGCAGCAAUUCUCACUCUCUCUCACACACACAGAAAAUUUAGUAAACUUUUCUUCAGUUUGCACCAAUUAAUUCUCUCUCUCUCUCUCACACACACACACACAGCCAAUUUUGUGAACUCUUGUUCAGUUUGCAUCAAUUCUCUCUCUCACACACAUCCACAUAGCAAAUUUUGCAAACUCUUAUUAAGAAAGUGUUUGCAGAAACAGAUAUUCUUGGAAAAGCAGACAAGCUUAGUCUCUUGAGUUUUGUUUUUGACAGGGAACUGUGUUUUUGAAGUUAAAGCCGAGUGGGGAAGCACAAAGAAUGGAAGGAGGAGCUGCUGCUGCCGUUGAAGUUCUAGUUCAAAACCUCAUCGACCUCUCCAAGAAAGAGAUCUCUCAAAUCCGAGGUCUCGACAAAGAUGCAGCAAAGCUAGCUGGGAGUCUCGACGUGAUCAAAAAUUUCUUGAAGGAUGCCGAGACGCGUGAGAUCACCAGCGAUGCUGUCAAGAGCUGGCUGAAGAAGCUUGAAAACGAGGCGUUCGAUGCUGACAAUGUUUUGGAUGAACUCAACUAUCAUAUUCUCUCAAAAACAAUUAUGGCCUCCAAACCCAUGAAGGCGAAGGUACUAUCACGCUUCUCAUCACCCUUCAAUUCCAUUGCGCGUCCAAGAAAAAUGGCUGUUAAAAUCCAAGAAAUCAAUGAGAAUUUGGAGUCUAUUAAGAAAGAGGCCACCGAGCUUGGCCUCGUAGUGAAGCUUGAAAAUGAGUCCACCUUGGUUAAUACUGCUAUUUUUGAAACUGAUUCAUUCACUGUUGAUCCUAUUUUUAUUGGAAGAGAUGAUAUUGCAUCAGAAAUAGUUGGGAUGCUUACCAAUAGCAUCACAACUGAUGAUGGAUCAGUUUCAAUCCUUGCCAUUGUCGGGAUGGGAGGAUUGGGAAAGACAACAUUGACUAGGAAAGUCUUCAAUUGUCUAAAGAAUGAGACUCGGUUUGGAUUACAUAUUUGGGUGCAUGUUUCUCCAAAUUUUGAUCCAAUCAUUCUUUUCAAGAAAAUUCUCAAAGAGGUUUCCCAAAAAAACAAACAGUUGCCUUCUAAUCAAGUUGAAAGUUCUAGUAAACAGGAUAUUCUUUCAAAGCCUGAUCAAGUUGAAAUUGAGAGUAAGCAAGACAUUCUUUCAGAGCUUCAAAAGGCUUUGAAAGAUAAAACUUAUCUUCUUAUUCUUGAUGAUGUAUGGAAUCAAGAUGUUUCAAAAUGGGAAGGUUUUACGAAUUCCUUGUUGGGAGUUAGUGAUUGUGUCAAGGGAAAUGCCAUUGUUGUUACUACCAGAAAUAUGGAGGUGGCUUCAAUUGUGAAUACACUUCAUAUACAUGAGUUGAAAGGCUUAUCGGAGGAAGAGUGUUGGUCAAUAAUUAGAGUAAAAGCCUUUGGAAAAGAAGAUGUUCCUUCAGAAUUUGAGGCCAUUGGGAGAAAGAUCGCAAGAAGGUGUCAAGGUUUGCCAUUAGCUGCCAACAUAGUUGGGGGAGUGCUGCACAAUCACAAUAAGUCUGAGGAAAAAUGGCGUUCAAUCGAGGAGAAAUGGCUUUCGCCAAAUGAAGGUGGAGAUAAUAUGACAAAAAUAUUAAGAUUGAGCUUCGAUAAUUUGUCUCCGCCAUUAAUUAAGAAGUGCUUUGCGUACUGUGCGAUGUUGCCUAAAGGCUCCAAAAUCAUCAAACAAGAACUGAUUGAGUUGUGGAUGGCAGAAGGUUUUCUUCAAGCUGAUGGAAGGGAUGACAUGGAGUCCGUGGGCGAAAAAUUUGUCAACGUUCUUCUGCACAACUCUUUACUGCAAGUUUCAGAAAGAGAUUAUUACGGAAAUGUAGAAAGUUGUGGCAUGCACGAUCUUGUGCACGAUCUGGCUUGUUCUGUUUCAAGUUCCUCUAAUAGUACAGGUGGUAGCAGCCGAGUUCCAUACAUGAUUCUCGGAGACGAAUCAAAUCGUAUCCCAAAAGAAAUGGCAAAGUCUUUGCGUACAUUACUAAUAACAUCCAAAGCUGAUAUUUCUGAUAUCAACUUCUCAGACUUGGAAAGUUUACAUGUUUUACAUCUUCACUCUGAAGUUAAAAAGCUGCCAAGUUCGAUUCGGAAGUUGAUACAUUUGAGAGAUUUUGACAUUUCAAAGACAAGUAUUGAAGUUUUGCCGGAUUGGAUUGGUGAAUUCUUUCACUUGCAGACGUUGAGAGCAAACUCAGAAUAUUUGAGAAAACUGCCAAGUACGAUUAAGUACUUGAUUAACUUGAGGCAUCUUUAUAUUGACUGGAGGGUAGAGUUGCCUAUGGGAAUUGGGAGAUUAACUUGUCUCCAAACGCUAAAGCACUUUCCAGUGGGCGACGAGAAUGGCUGCAAAAUUGAAGAGCUCGGAAGUUUGAUUAAUCUUAAACGAGAGUUACAGAUUCGUCAUCUUCAGAGGGUUCAUGACAAGGAAGAGGCUGGGAAAGCCAAUUUAUUCAAAAAGUCAAAAAUAUUGAAGUUGUGUUUGGAUUGGGAUCUAUUUAGAGAAGGUGAAAGAAAUGAUGAGGAUGUAUUGGAAGGCCUCCAGCCUCACUCAGAUCUGAGGGUGUUAAAGAUUUAUGGAUUUAAUGGAAAAAGAUUUCCAUUAUGGACUGAGAAGAUGUCAGUUCGAGAUGCGCCUCAAGGCUCUUGGGUGCUACUUAACAACUUAAUGUCCUUAAAACUCGCUUGGUGCGAUGAAUGUGAAGAGAUCCCAAUGUUGGGACACUUGCCCAAUCUCAAGUCCCUUAAGUUGAGGGGAUUGGAGAAUGUGAAGUGUAUAAAUUCAUCAUUCUACGGAAUGGUGAACAAGGACACGCGUAUUGUUUUUCCAGCUCUCGAGAGGUUCGAAUUGUUUUUUAUGCAUAAGCUGGCAGAGUGGGCAGAAAUAGAAAUUUCGGAUGGAAGUGAAGUGAAGCUAUUUCCUCGCCUCCGAUAUUUGAAAAUCCAUGGUUGCGAGCAAUUGAAGAGUGUUCCAAGUCAUGUGUCGUCAUCAUGCCUUGAAUAUUUGUCAAUUAGUAGGAUCGGUGUGGAAUGUCUGCCAGCUGAUUGGUUAUUGAGUAACAGCGAGACUCUCUCUUAUUUGUGGAUAAGUUUCUGCCGGAAUUUGAGAGAAAUAUCAGAUAGGUGGGGAGAAGAAGAAUCAGAAGGAAGAAGCUUCACAAUCACAUCCCUCCCUAAAUUCCCUCGUCUUACACAUUUGGAAAUCACACGCGUUCCUAAGUUAAGUGUGGAGACUGUGGAUGCAAUGCGGCGCCUCCAAAUUCAUGGAUACAAACGCAGUAACGUUUGGGGAUUGAGAUUCAGCGACCCCACUUGA